CUGCAGGUCCGCAUGCACUGAGCGCUCGAUCGGCUCGAGUGCUACCGCGCGUCUGCCAGUGUGCGUCAGUGGAGCGAGAGGAGCGCAUGUUUGAGUCCGAGUUCCUUUAUUUUGGAUGGUAGAAGCUGCUGGGUCCUCCAGUGUGCACUCGCUUCCCACCAUAGGCGCUACGUUUGUGUGUGCGUUUUUUCUCUUUUUAAUCUAUAACGGAUUUCUUUAAUGACGUGGAUAUUUGGUGCUUUCACCACUUCAAGUGCUCUGCGGGGGAAAGUGGCAUCCGCAAGACUUGAGGAGGGGAUGUAAGAUGUGCUGGAAUUAAAAAAGAUCUUGGACUUUGCUGAUGAUGAGACAUUCCUGGAACGGGCGAACAAAAUCGGACUUGAACUGUUGAUUUAUUUUCUUAUAUUUGAGCAAGGAUUUCGAAUUGAAGUAAAAUAGAUACAGGAAUCAAGGAGGACUUUUGAGUAUCAUCUCAUGGGGGAUUUUUAACAUAUAUACAUUUUUAUUUUAUGGGACUUGCCUCUCACUGGAUUCCUCCCCCUUUAUUUUGGAUCAGUUGCACUUUGCUCCUGUGAGACAAUUGCUCGGAAAGGACAUGCACAGCAGCACUUGGAUGAAGACGUGCACGGUCAAAUCACUGCAGCCCUCCCGGACACCGUGCGCGGUGCACAGCCCGGCCGUCACCCUUCGCAGCUCAACACCGCAGGAAGGACGACUCCGAUAGAUGUCAAAUGUGUAUGCACACGAAACAUUUGUCUCGACACUUUUUAAAACACGUGACAUGAUUUUGGAGGUGGGUGCGUAAUCGAAAUCUUUUAUUAAGGUGAACUCAACAAGUUUGGGGGGAGGAAAUGGAAUUUAUACAUGUAAUUGUGCUGCUGCUCUUGUUUUGGGUCGGCGCCGAAGCUGUCAUUAACCUCAAAUAUGGAAUAAACGAGGAGAUGAAGCCCGGCUCCGUGAUUGGCAACGUGACAAAGGACGCGCUCAAACAAGGAUUCCAAAUUGCACCGCAGCCGCCCUACUUGCGGGUCAUCUCCAAUUCGGAGCCGCGCUGGGUGGAACUCAGCCCGGCCGGGAUUCUUACCACGCAAAUGAAGAUCGACCGUGAUGUAGUGUGCCGCCAGAACCCCAAGUGCGUUAUUUCUCUGGAAGUGAUGUCCAACUCUAUGGAGAUUUGCGUCAUCAAAGUUGAAAUUGAGGAUUUGAAUGACAACGCGCCCAGGUUCCCCACGAGCCACAUUGACAUCGAGAUCUCAGAAAACGCGUCCCCUGGGACCAGGUUUCCCCUGGAGGGGGCAAGCGAUCCAGACUCGGGCGUCUUCGGAGUGCAGUCCUACUCUAUAACCCCCAACGAGCUUUUCGGACUGGAGAUUAAAACGCGAGGCGACGGCUCCAAAAUUGCAGAGCUUGUCGUGCAAAAAUCAUUAGACAGAGAGACCCAGUCCCACUAUACUUAUGAGAUCAGCGCGGAGGACGGAGGGGAACCGCCAAAAAUAGGCGCGGUUCAGUUAAACAUCAAAGUCAUUGAUUCCAAUGACAACAACCCAGUUUUUGACGAGCCUGUGUACACUGUUAAUGUCAUGGAGAACUCCCCAAUCAACACUCUCGUCAUAGAUUUGAAUGCAACAGAUCCCGAUGAGGGCACCAACGGAGAGGUCGUGUACUCGUUCAACAGUUACGUCACAGAGAAAACAAGGAAUGCGUUCAGAAUUGAUCCCCAGACCGGGAUCAUCACCGUCAAUGGCGUUCUGGAUUAUGAGACCGCCCAGAUAUACGAGAUCGACGUGCAGGCCAAAGAUUUGGGUCCCAACUCGAUACCUGCACACUGUAAAGUCACUGUGAAUGUGAUGGACACCAACGACAACCCGCCGGUGAUUAGCCUGCUGUCGCUCAACACAGAGAUGGUGGAGGUGAGUGAGAACGCUCAGCGUGGGUCCAUCAUCGCCCUGGUGCGUGUCUCCGACAAGGAUGCAGGGGCCAACGGCAAGGUGCAGUGCCGGCUCCAGGGCAACAUCCCCUUUCGGCUGCAGGAGUACGAGAGCUUCUCCUCCAUCCUGGUGGACGGUCGGCUGGACCGCGAGCAGAAGGACACGUACAACCUGACCAUCCAGGCCGAGGACAGCGGCGCCCCUCCUCUGCGUGCCACCAAGUCGCUGGUGGUCAAAGUGGCGGAUGAGAACGACAACCCGCCGCACUUUCUCAAGCCGCAUUACCAGGAGAUGGUGAUGGAGAACAACCUGCCGGGCUCAUGUCUGCUGGCCGUUUCGGCGGAGGACCCUGACCUGGGCAUGAAUGGAACAGUGUCGUACUCCAUAGUCCCCGGUGAGAUUAAGCACAUGGACGUUAACACAUAUGUGAGUAUAAAUCCGGCUGGCCGUAUUUACUCCAUGAGGUCCUUUGACCACGAGUACACAAGGACUUUUGACUUUAAAGUCCUUGCCCGCGACAACGGCAACCCGUCUUUGUCGAGCAACGCCACCGUGCGAAUCGUGGUGCUGGACGUCAACGACAACACGCCCGUCAUGACCAGCCCACCUCUGGUGAACGGCACCGCCGAGGUGUCAAUCCCAAGGAACGCAGGCGCCGGCUAUAUGGUGACCCAGGUCAAGGCGGAUGACUACGAUGAAGGCGAGAACGGCCGCCUGACCUACACAAUCUCCGAGGGCGACCGGGCCUUCUUUGAGAUCGACCAAGUCAAUGGAGAGGUGCACUCCACCCGCAUGUUCAGCGAGAACACCAAGUCCACCUACGAGAUCACAGUUGUGGCCCGGGAUCACGGCAAGCCCUCACUGUCUGCCUCGGCCUACAUCGUGGUGUACCUAUCGCCGGACUUGAACGCCCAGGAAUCCAUCGGACCCGUCAAUCUGUCCCUCAUCUUCAUCAUUGCCCUCGGCUCCAUCGCUGCUAUCCUUUUUGUCACCAUGAUCUUUGUGGCGGUCAAGUGCAAGAGGGACAACAAGGAAAUCCGGACCUACAACUGCAGUUUCUUUUACUUGCGCAGGGUGGCCGAGUACUCCUACGGCAAUCAGAAGAAGUCGAGCAAGAAGAAGAAGCUGAACAAGAACGACAUCCGCCUGGUCCCACGCGAUGUCGAGGAAACAGACAAGAUGAACGUGGUGAGUUGCUCGUCACUCACCUCCUCGCUCAACUACUUCGACUACCACCAGCAGAGCCUGCCGCUGGGCUGUAGGCGCUCCGAGAGCACCUUCCUCAACGUGGAGAACCAGAACUCGCGCAAUGCCGCACCCAACCACGGCUAUCAGCACCCGUUCACCGGGCAAGGCCACCAGCAGCCAGAUCUCAUCAUCAACGGCAUGCCACUGCCAGAGACGGAGAAUUAUUCAAUUGACUCCAGUUAUGUGAACAGCAGAGCCCACCUCAUUAAAAGCACGUCGACAUUCAAGGACCUGGAGGGGAACAGUCUGAAGGACAGCGGCCACGAGGAGAGCGACCAGACCGACAGCGAACACGACGUCCAGCGAGGACACUAUGUUGAUACGGCUGUCAAUGACAUGCUCAACAUGACCGUGCCUCCCAAUGUUUGCCAGCUGCCAGACCAAGCUGGAGAGCCCGCUGAAGGCUUCCACUGCCAAGACGAAUGCCGCAUCCUUGGACACUCUGACCGCUGUUGGAUGCCUCGCGUCCCCCUGCCGGCACGCGUCAAGUCGCCUGAGCAUGCUCGUAACGUCAUCGCUUUGUCAAUCGAGGCCACCACUGUGGACGUACCCCACUAUGAGGACGGCACCACCAAGAGGACUUUUGCCACCUUCGGCAAGGACGGGCCAGAGGAUGUGGAGCGAGGUGAUGUAAAGGGGAAACGGACUCAUGAGUCACAGGUGUGCAGUCCCAAGGCCAACGGCGGCGCCGUGCGCGAAGCCGGCAACGGGCGAGAAGCGGCUAGCCCCAUCACUUCCCCCGUGCACCUGAAGAGCCCUUUGUCCAAGCCCUCGUCCGCCUACAACACACUGAAAUGCCGCGACGCGGAGCGCAUUGCCAACCACAGUCUGCUCCGGCAACCGGAAGGCAAAGACAGCGAGCCGUCGGUGCGGGAGUUUAACACGCUUCUGCACGACGGCCGUGACAAAGAGUCCCCCAGCAGCAAGCGCUUGAAGGACAUUGUGCUUUAGUGAGAUUCUCCGCCACGCGCUUACAGCUCAUGCGGUGUGAAAUUCACAUACCAUAUAUAAAUAUACAGUAUAUUCUGCAAUAGCUGUGUGUACACGAGAAGAGUCCGGCCGUGGGACUUCACCAGACACACCCGUUUGCGGUAUGCAAUAUUCAAGAGUGUGCUGCAGCUAGUUGUGUGCUCAUGCCAAGGUAGUAGAUGUGGCUUUGUUGUAGUCGCAGUACUUUCUCCUUAUUUGCGUUUUUUUUAUUUUAUUUUAUAUAUAAGCAGCGAGUGGACGGGCAGGUUACUGUUUACUGCACAGACAUGGCCAGCGGAGCACUCCAGCUCUCACGCCAAAGCGGGACACAUUGGACACCCGAGGUGCCGACACCCGAGUACAGUUAUGCCUUUUGGACGACUUUUUGUAUCACAAUUCAACAUUUGCCUUCUUUGGUUUUCGCAGUUUGUUUCAAGCUGCCAAAAUCUGCUCUUGGUUCCUUUGUAUAGUGAGAUCAGUCAGUGUAAUAAACAAGACACACAGGAUUCAUCUCAAAAGGUAUUUGUGCAUUCGAGGGAGAUGUAAAAUGAUGACCUAUCCAUCCUGUUUGCACACACCCUGUCUACUACGAGAAGCUUUCUCUGCAUCUGCGAGGACAUGCCGGCGUCACCAGACUGUGAGCUCUUGACAGUAUUUAUACUCAGAUGGAGCUAAGUGAACUGUGGCUAUCUGUGGCUAUCCCCCCCCCCCCCCCCCCCCCCCCCGAAGAACAAUGUAAGCAGAAUAGACAGUCAUGUGUUCACACCCGGUUGUACGACGCCGCAUCUGUGACGGCCAACCUUGAUUGUAGCCAACGGAGCACAAGUUAGGAUCUUGUGUUCCGUGGAGUCUUGUACCUUUUUCUGACUUUUGACUAUGGGGCUAGGAUAGAAGGGAUCGUCACUCUUGUCUUGCUAUGUGGAACUCUGUAUAGAGUUUUAUUAUUAUCAUUUUUAUUAACCUGUUGUUAUGUGACAAUCCCUUUAAUGUUUUGUUUCAACAGAUUUAAAAAAAGACAGAUAAAAAUAAACAUUGGUGUUCAACUGAAGCUACAGUAGCGUUUGUAACACAAACACAAAAAAGGGGAAAAAAACAAGCCAAAAUAUAUUUUAUAGAUAAUUUAAAAAUGUGUAAUGAGAAUAUUUAAUGCUGUGUAGUUAUUCUAUGAGUAAGUUAUACUUACUUUUGUUUUUUAUUUCUUUUUUGUCUUUUGAUUUUUAUAUUGAAAUAGUUUUUUUUGUUUUGUUUUUAAUUUUCAAAAUGAACGUGAAUUAUUCUUCUUUGACUGUGUUGCCCCUGGAAACUGUUGACUUGCAGUCUACCUUGUUGUAAAGAGUUUCUUAUUGGUCAGUUCUUGUGCCAUCAAGUUUCUGUGUGGACAACUAGAAAAUGUAAAAAAAAUACAAAAAAAAUACAAAAAAAAAAAAUACAAAAAAAAAAAAAAGACGCUAUUCCAGCACCAACAUUAGUGUGUCUGUUCAAUGAGCAUUAGAGUGAGAUAGCAAAAGAAACCAAAUAAGAUAAAAUAAAAUGAACCAACAAUGCAAACAUAAGACCUGUAAUCUUACACUCAAGCUGAUAACUGGGGUUCCACCUGGCAUCAUACUGGGCCAAAAAAAAAUUAUAUACGUAUAUUUUCAGAUAUUUCACUGAGAGCUUGGGCUCACCCAGCACUCGUCACGCAUCUGUUGAUCUGACACAAAGUUUUUAUAAGAGUGGUGUAAACAAGACCCCUGGCCCCCACAAGCAGCAGGCUUAUGUCUGACAUGACAAAGAUCGGAGGCACGUCAGCAAUGUGGUUUUAUGUUGCUUUGCAGUAAACUUGUACAAUGUGGAUCGUGUGAAUGAAAGUGGACAGACUGCAUACAAAAAAAUAUUUAGAUCUUGUAACUGAAUGUUUUGCUGGUCUCACCCUUGGCUUCUGGCAAAAAUGAACAUCAGAAUAAUCACUGAAUGUAUACAGCAGCUUAUAAUUAAACUAUUAAAUGUG